GGCUACCAAUCUGGCUAAUCUUGAUGAAUUUGGAACAGGCGGUAACUUGGACAACCCUCAGCGGUGGUGCGGGGACCUUUAAUAGUGACCAAUAUGGCGACUCCCAGUGGAAGGUCGGUGUUGUUCGUGUGCUUGGGGAAUAUCUGCAGAUCCCCGAUCGCUGAGGCUGUUUUCCGGAAAAUGGCCACAGACAAUGGGGUGGUGGGCAAGUGGAGAAUAGACAGUGCCGCCACGUCCACCUAUGAGAUCGGAAACCCCCCGGAUCACCGCGGUCAGGCCUGCAUGAAGCGACACGCCGUGUCUAUGAGGCACGUGGCGCGGCAGGUCACCAAAGAAGACUUCAUGACUUUUGAUCACAUCCUCUGCAUGGACGAAAGCAACUUGAGAGAUCUGAACAAGAAGGCAAGCAGCGUGAAAAACAGCAAAGCCAAGAUUGAGCUGCUCGGGUCCUUCGAUCCUGAAAAACAGCUUAUUAUCAAAGACCCGUACUAUGGGAGUGAUAAAGACUUUGAGACGGUGUAUGAACAGUGUGUGAGAUGCUGCAAAGCCUUCCUGGAGCAGCACUCAUAACACACACACACACUGUGACCAUCUCCUGAAACCCACGAUGCCUCAUCAUGAGAUGCUCGAACGUAAAUAAUAAUCGAUUGAAAUAUUGAUCAAGUGUCUUCAUAAGCAAAACACAAACCAAACGAUAGCAGUGUAUAGAGAAGCACUUUGUCUUUAAUUGUAAAAUAAGUUGUAAUGUCAUGCGAAGCUUGUUUGAGCAGCUGUAAACUGCUUUUGUUGACCAUACCUUCUGAAGAGAGUAAAUUCACCUAAAUAAACCGGCUGGAAAUGCUGAAGUUAUGUUCGCCUGAAAUUCUAUUUCCUCCUCACAC